UCAGCAUGGCGGCACAGUUGACGGAGGGUCUGAAGAAAACUUUCGAAGACUUCGAUAGCCAGAAACGACAAUUCAAAGAACUCUAUGCUGAUGUCGUGGAGAUCUUCGAACAGCUCAAGGAGAAUGUCAGUGACAGUCCAGUGUUUUUAACACCGGAGACCAAAUUGAAAAUCGAGCACUUCAUACAAGGCGAAACACCGUCGCUUCUGUUGGUAGGUCAGACGAAUUGCGGAAAGAGCUCGCUCAUUAACCAGCUACUGUUUGAAAGAACAGUUCUUGCAGCGGCGGAGACGCCAUGCACCGCGCGAAUGGUCCGGCUGAAGUAUGGGGAAACACCGCGGAUUCGAGUCAUUGCUGCAAAUGGUGAAGUUCUGGAAGAACACCGACCGCAAAAGGCGAUCUUGAAAAGAGAGUUUGUGGAACUUUCGGACAAUGAUCGGAAAGACGAGAAACUCACGUCCUCCUCCGUCGUGGCAGAACUCCCCAUCCCCUUCCUGGCUGGCGGCGUCGAAGUCAUUGACACUCCCGGGAGGAAUGAGAACAAGGCACUAGAUGAAGUGGUUGACAUACAACUGAACAGUAUACUGCCCAUCAUAGUAUACGUGAUAGACGGGAGGAAGCUAAUCACCAAGCAGGAUUGUGAAGAUCUGAGACAAAUCAAAGACAAGUUCCCAACAUUGCCAAUUUUCUAUGUCUUAACAAAGAUAGAUCCGGCAGAUCCUGACAUGUAUGAGUCCGAUAGUGAUUCUGACUCUGAGGAAAACAACAUCGAGGACGAAAUCGAAAGAAAAAAAGAAGAGGUUUUCAAAAUCCUGGUAGCUGAAGACUUCAUUGAUGAAUCAGAGGCAAACUUCAACACAAGUGAAUUCUUCCACGCAGUGUCCUCACUCAAACUGAAACAACUCAGGCUUGGCAACAAAGACGUGGAGAAAGUGUACGAGGCACAGUCUAGUCGUCUGAAAUCCUGUCUUCAAAAAUUUGUGUCAGACGCUCUCACAAAGCAUUUCCUUGCCAUAGCAAACUGUCUACAGAAGGCAAUCGAGCAGUGUCUUGAUAUUUACAUCAAGACAGCCACAAAGAUAAGAGAGUCCAACAAGGUCAUUGACGACAGUCUAGAUGCAGUGAAGAAGUACAGGGACAUGAUGUACGGGAACACAAAGACAGAACAAGAAAGGCACAAGGACGGGCUGGACAAGGUGUUAACUGACAUCUUUCAAAACCCGGAGACACGCAGUAGCAUUGUUCAAGAGAUAAUCCAGACAUACACGCCUAAUCUUCACGUACCCCAAGAAGGUGUAGUGGAAGUUGACACAUACAAUCGUGUAAGGAGAGAUUUUGAGGAACAUGUUUUGACAAGAAUACAAAACAAAGUUCUGAGUGCCAUAAAAUCUCACUUUGAACACACCAAAUGGCUUAUCGGUAUAAAGAAUGCAAUAGGCAAUGUAGAGGAGACCAAGGAGUCUUUGGAAGUUGUCAGAGCAAUCAGCAAGCUUGUUGACUCAUUCUAUGGGGUUAAUGUUAGUAUAAUCGUCUAUCGGCCAGAUAAGUUGAUUGAUAAGGUUUUCUUCAAGAUCAGAGACAUGCUACGAGCGACCAAGCGGUUUUUGAAACAUCCUUUUGACACAGUCCGAGGACUCAAACAUAUCGGCGAACCAUGGAGAAGAGAACUGUGUGAACGUGUUUUUCACAACAUUGACUGCAAGCGCCUCAAGGAAGAGGUUGGAAGGACUGUUGAAGAGAUGAUGACUGAAGGGGUCAGAAAUCUGAACACAUGCCUUGAUGAUCUGAGGGAAUUGUGGCAAAAACGAAGAAACCUGAGUUCUGAGGAAAGGAAAGCAAUCUUGAAAUUUGGACCAAAGCUUGCUCAUAUCACACUCUUCCUGCAGUCAGACAAAGACAAAGCAAAGUUUGGUAUCCCACAUGUCACAGACAAGGACAAAAUUGGUGAAGGUGGGCAGGCACAGGUAUUCAGGUGUCCAGCUGACUAUGGCCCAGAGGGAGUCACUUGUGCUGUCAAACAAAUGGAGAUCAGCUGUACAGAAGACUUGACACAGACAGCACUAGAGGCGUAUCAGAGUCGCCAGUGGGGAAGUGAGUGGGGAGAUUGCCAACAGAACCUUCUCCCCCUGCUGGCCUGCAUCAUCAGGAAACAGGAUGAAACACACCACGUCUACCUCGUGACAAAACUGAUGAAGACAGACUUGGCUGACGCGCUACCGGGCAUCACAGACAUCUCCGACAGACUCCGCAUUGCCAUAGAUGUCGCCAAGGCGCUGGACUUUCUACACCAACACGACAUCAUCCACCGAGACAUCAAGCCCCAAAAUAUCUUGCUGGAUGAACAGAACCAGGUGUUUGUUGCAGACUUUGGACUGGCCAAGCCGGCAGGGCUGGUACAGGGCUCAUUUGUAGGCACACCUCUCUUCAUGGGACCAGAAGUGUCUCAGCUGGAGCAACGUGAGUUACUGGCAAGGGCAGAGGGCAAAGAUGAAAAAGAGAUCUACUAUGACUUUAAGGCAGAUGUCUUUGCAUAUGGCAUUCUCUUGUGGUUCCUUUGCGUGGGGUCAAUUACAGCCCCCCAAGAGUAUGUACAUGCUGCUCCCCUCAUAGCUCUUCUCUUUCGUGUGAGGCCAAAUCACAUUUUAAUGACAGAAAUGGGGAUUCGUCCAGAAAAGCGUGAUUUCCCUCCUGGCUGUUGGGAUGUCAUGACAAAAUGUUGGGAUGGGAACCCUGAUAACAGGCCAACCAUGACUCAGGUUCUGCAAGACCUCACUGCCAUCCAUGAGAAAUUAGUCACAGCAUAAGAACAAAACUAUAUCUGAAACUGGCAACCUGAAGUGACAUAUUUUCUGCAAUUUAUUUCCUAUACUGUUUGGUUUUUAACGAAAAAUGCAAUAAAACUGCUAGCUCAAACAAUCUAUGGUAGAAAUCAUCUGUUGCAUUAGCCUGGUUACCAGACCUAUUAUAGCUCUCGAGUCCUACAGCCUCUCCGCAAAUAGUAUUGCGACUCAGGAGCUAUAAUAGGUUUGGUAACCAGGUUACUGUUGCAUGCGCAUUUGCAUCCUAAUCAACGAUUGAGAGACUUCAUGUACCCUCUGGAUGGACUUUUGUGUUUGACCAGUCUGACUUGUGAUGAUCUGGUAAAUGGCGCUUUUUCAGGUUAACACUGAUGAUGUGCAGAUGAGAUGUGGAAUAGUUGGGAUAUGCUGAAGAAUAUAAAAAUACAUAUUUCAAUUUAGUAUAAGCAAUAAGUUUAUUUUACAGCAGUUUCAUAUCACAAUAGUGCAAAAUGGGUGCACAACACAAUACAUGUAACAGCUUCAAUGUGAUCAAACAGGUAUCAUUACUAAUUCUCUCACUAAUAAAAACUUGAAGACAUGAGCCUGCAGAGGAUAACAAAGUAACCUGUAAAUGUUACUUCAUGACAGUGAGAAGUCGACAUGGACAAUUAUUGUCUGUUUUUGCUGAUAAAAAUCUGAUAUGUACGUACCAUUUUGCUGAGAUUAGUAUGAAGAUCCUUAAGUAUCUAGUUUCUACAUGUAAGUGAAACUUACAAACCCUCACAGCUACAGUUCUAACUUUAAACGCCCCCCCCCCCCAUGCACUGUGUUUCCCAAUCUGUAAGCAAGUGGUCAACCUUGUCUGCCUGCACUACU